GCUCCCCAAAGCCUCCAGCCAAGAAAAAGCAUCUGUCUUCCACUAGUAAUCCAAGGAGAGGAUUCAUCGAAUGGCGCCGAGAACCAUGUCAAGCAGCAGCAGCAUCCUCCUGGCAGCGGCUGUGGCGGCGCUGCUGGUGGCGUCGGCAUCGGCGCAGUCCGGGUGCACGGCAGCGCUCGUCGGCCUUUACCCGUGCUUGAACUACAUCAGCGGCAACGACACGGCGCCCACCAAGUCCUGCUGCUCGCAGCUGAGCUCCGUCGUGCAGUCCCAGCCGCAGUGCCUCUGCAGCGCGCUCGGCGGCGACUCGUCGUCGCUCGGCGGCAUGACCAUCAACAAGACGCGCGCGCUCGAGCUCCCCAAGGCGUGCAACGUGCAGACCCCGCCGGCGAGCAAGUGCAACGGUGGUGGCAGUGCUCCGGGCGCCGCCACGCCGACCACUCCCGAGGUGCAGGCACCGGCUGGCUCUGGAUCCAAGACGACCCCGUCGGCGUACCUGCAGGAGAACGGCGGCUCGUCACUCCAGGGCCCGGCUGGGCUGGUGUUCGCCCUCGCGGCUGCUGCGGUCUACGCCGUGUCCUCUCUGUGAGCGUCUGGGGGCGCGCUAGCUGGAUGGUAGUUCAAAAAUGUAUUUCUUUCUCGGUAUUACUAUUGGGUUUAGCAUUGGGCAUUGGUGAUUGGUGAGGACCGAGAGGAUUAUAUUAUUAUUGGUUGUUUUCUUUGAGUCUCAGUAUAUGAUCAACAACGGUAAACAUCGAAUUUUUUUUUCAAGAAGAAAUGAGAGUGAUGACAAAACCAAUAGGAUUAUAUGUGGUA